AAGUACUUCCUUCGACAUAGAUGCUGUGAUAAAGAGCCAUGAAAAAUGGAUAGAACGUGCUGCGACAAUGCAAGCAAACGAAUCAGAUCCCAAAAUUUAUCGGAUGAUUCUACCUCCUCCAAAUGUUACCGGCAAUCUUCACCUUGGCCAUGCUUUAACGGUAACUGUUGAAGAUGCCAUGUGUCGAUAUCGACGUCUCCAGGGAAAACAAGUAAUAUGGUACCCUGGAUUUGAUCAUGCAGGAAUCGCUACGCAGGUAGUUGUUGAACGAAAGCUGUGGAAUGAGAAAAAACUGCGAAGGCAUCAGGUCACACAACAUGAUUUCCUGGAAUUAUGUCGACGAUGGAAAAACGAGCGUGUGGCCGAUAUGUCAAAGCAAUUGAAAGCUCUUGGUGCAAUACUUGAUUGGCGUAAUAUGUACUACACAUUAGAUGAUAGAUUUUCUGAAGCAGUUACGGUUGCAUUUUGUCAGUUAUACAAUGAUAGUUUAAUAUUCAAUGAUUUAAGAAUGGUCAACUGGUGUCCGACUUUAAGGAGCACUAUUUCCGAUCAGGAGGUUGAUAUUGUAAAUGUUGGAAAGAAUGAUUAUUUUUUGUUGAAUAAAUCUGGUUUGAAAAGGAAACAUGUCAAAGUAGGUGUUAUGCAUCGAAUUCGUUAUGAACUUUUGGAUGAAAACAGCUCAUCUGGAAGUAAUUACUUAGAAGUAGGAACAACAAGACCAGAAACGCUGUUUGCUGACUGUGCCUUAGCUGUCAAUCCAAAUGAUGAACGCUAUGUGAAAUAUAUUGGCUUGCGUGUUCGACAUCCUUUGCUUCCCAAUCGUACAUUACCUAUUUUAGCUGAUGCAACAGUACAAGCUGAGAAGGGUACAGGUGUUUUAAAAAUAACACCGGCCCACAAUUUUACUGAUUUUGCUAUUGCUAGGAGUCAUGCAAAUCAGCUAUCUAAGGAAGAUUUCAAUCGAUCUUGUAUCGAUGAAUCUGGUUGUCUCAUAAAUGCAGGCGAUUUUAAUGGAAUGGAUCGAUUUGAAGCUAGGAAUAAAGUUGUAUCAAAAUUGAUUGCACGUGAUAAAUAUGGUGGGACGAUGCCUUACUAUGAACAACAACUAAGGGUAUGUAGUCGAACUGGUGAUAUUAUCGAACCAAUGGCUAAGAAACAGUGGUUCAUGGAUUGCGCUAGUAUGAAUGAUAAAGCUCUUAGAUCUAUUGAACAGGGUUUGCUUACUGUAACUCCGAAAUACAUGCUGACACAUCUGGAAAAUUGGUUGAAUAAAAAAGAACCGUGGUGUCUGAGUAGACAGCUUGAUUGGGGUCAGCGAAUACCGGCAUUUCGUUUCGAUUCCAAUAGCGAUUGGAUUGUGGCUCCAAAUAAGAUUGAAGCGUUGCGUAUCUGUGAUAAAAAAAACACUGGAAUGAAUUUGGAACAAGACAAAGAUGUCUUGGAUACAUGGUUUUGUUCGUCACUUAUCCCUAUCAUUUUGUUUGGUAAAUAUUUAGUUGAUUUCAUAGUUGUGAAAUUUCUCACAGAUUGGGGAUCACAUACUUAUCAGAGGUUGGCCAAAAAACGAAUUGAUCAUAUUCCAUUAUCUGUGCUGGAAACUGGAUACGACAUUGUUGGGUUUUGGGUUGCGCGAAUGGUUACAGUUUNUCANAGUUUAACGGGUUAUUUGCCUUUUCCAAAAGUGGUAUUGCAUGGCUUAGUUCGUGAUGAGAAUGGAAAAAAGAUGAGUAAAUCGUUGGGAAAUGUAAUCGAUCCAACGGAUAUUGUUGAUGGUAUUUCAAUUCAGAAAAUGUUGGAUCGUCUUGACAAAAGUAUUCUUUCGGAGACGGAAAAAAAAACGGCAGCAAAUUCGCUGAAAUCUCGAUUUCCUGAAGGCAUUCCCCGAUGUGGUCCGGAUGCUUUGCGUUUUGCUUUACUCCGUCAUGAUCUUGGUGCUAUGGAUAUCAAUAUCGAUGUUGUACAAACCGCUGAAGAAGGUUUAAAAUUUUGCAAUAAGCUAUGGAAUCUUUGUAUCUAUGCUGAAGAGAUAUGGCGAAAUUGUUACGAAGUUUCGGACCAAGCCUGCAGCAAUCGUAUUGAAGAUUGCUGGAUAAGAAGCCGUUUGGAAAGUUCUUUAAUGAUAAUGGCAAUAAAAAUGGAUUCAGAUUGUCCUCAUUUAGCGCUCAAUGCACUACACAAAUUUCUUUACAAUGAUUUAUGUGAUGUUUACAUCGAGACAACAAAGAAAGCAUUAUGGUUGAAAGACUACCCGAGACUGAAGGUAGUUGCUGAAGUUUUGCAUGAUGUUAUCGAAAAAUCGUUGUUUCAUCUUUCGAUUUUCAUGCCCUUUGUGAGCCAGUAUCUUUUUGAUCGCAUUAAACGAGGAAAAGAAAACAGUUCUUUUGUUGCUAGCCCAAAGAUGGAUUUGAAAUCUUGUCGAAUCGAUAAAAAACUUGAAAACGAUAUGUCUUUUGUUUUGGAGGUAGUUAAAGCUAUAAGGUCUAUCCGAGCACAAUUUCGAAUUUCUGUAAAAAAUACUUUACAAGUAGCUUGCUACGGAGGGAACUGCGACCUGAAAAAUUUCCAGUCUCUUAUUCAAGAACUUUGCAACGUCACACUCUCGUCGGCAGUUGCAGAAGAAAACAGUAAUUGCAGUCUGCCUUUUCCUGUGCAUGGUUAUUCAGCUGUAGUCCAUGUUACUAUUGUGGGUGAUUAUGGUUUUUUGGUCAAGGAAGAAUUAUUGAGGCGAUUGCAGAAGGCAGAAAAAAGGAAAGGGCAAUUUUUAUAUCAAAUUGGCAAGCACGAGAGAUUAGCCAGAAAUGCAUCCAGAGAUGAUUUAAUGGAAAGAUACCAGCGGAAAAUUUCUCGGGCAAAUGCAGUGGUGAAUGGUAUGACCGAGGAAAUCUCAAAAUUAGGAGCUUUAAUCAAGAAAUUAGAAACAUUGUGAUUAAACAUCACUGUUUGAAAUAGUAAUAUUUAUAUAAGGGAAAAUGUACUGGGCCAUUAAUCUUUCUUUGCUUAUCC